AUCGUAUCAUGAAACGGAGGACAAACGUCUUCGGUGUGGCGACUACGUGUUUCGUGUGAUUUAUCGUGAACAUUUUUUCAAGGCACAUGGUGAGUUUUCUCGUCAAUAGUGCUCCGUAGUGCUUUUAAUUUUGAGGUUUUCGAGGAAAAGAACGAGCCAUGAAGCUCGUCGGUGUUCGCCGUUGUGAUCGUUUAACGUGAAACGCGAAUACAGGUUAUCGUAUCGGGAGCACAGAGCACAUUUGUUGAUGAUAUAUUGCAUUUAUCAUGCAUUACGUUGAAUUCUUGUCGCACACCGCAUUGCGUUCGCACUUCCUGCCGCCACCGCCGGUUCUCGCACCCAUUCCCCAGCUUUGUAAAAACUGACGCUCGGGGGGGAUCACGCAGUGAUUACUCGAGUGCAAUUUUUUUCGUACGUGUGUAUGUAUGUAUGGCUGCAGCCAUAGGAGAUUGUGUGUUGCUCGUGCAUACACAUCACAAUCGAACGUUGUCACUCGGGUUUGAUCUAAUUGAGGAAAAGCCGUUUACGUUGCAGCUGAUCGCAGUACAACCUAUACGCACGCGAUUUCUGUGAUCAUAAUUAUCCAAGAUCGUUAUUAGAAAAGGCUGUUAGCAACAACAAUGUCUGUACAUUAUAAAUUUAAAUCCACAUUAGACUAUGACACUGUGUCAUUUGAUGGGCUACAUAUUUCAGUAGCGGAUCUAAAGAAGGCUAUAUUUCAUCAGAAACGCAUUGGCAAAAAUACAGACUUUGAUCUACAAAUCAUAAAUGCACAGACAAAAGAAGAUUAUACUGAUGAUAAUGCAUUAAUUGCCAAAAAUACUAGUCUCAUAGUUGCUAGAGUUCCACUCACAGUGCAACAAAAGCGUUCUUGGGAUCGAAAUGAAACACCACCAUUUAGUAAUGUUAAAGACGAAGCCAACUUGGGCAGAGCUGUAGAUCUUACAAGAUUAGAUGGAUCCGAGGAAGAUAAAAUCCGUGCAAUGAUGACGCAAUCUACUCAAGACUAUGACCCAUCAAAUUACAUGAAGAUUCGUGGAGCCAAUCAAACUGGUGAUGUACCUGCUAAUUAUCGUUGCUAUAAAUGCCAUCAACCUGGACAUUGGAUAAAAAACUGUCCACUUGGUACAAAUCAGGAACCGAUUGAAAUAAAGAAAAGUACAGGCAUUCCCAGAAGUUUUAUGGUACCAGUUGAGGGACCUCUAGUACCUGGUGCCAUGAUGACACCUACAGGACACUAUGCUGUUCCUGCUAUCGAUCAUCAAGCUUAUAAAGAAGGCAAGAAGGAACGACCACCAUUUUCGCAAGAUCCAGAACCUGUGGCGGAAAAGCCAGAGAUACCAGACGAUUUGUUAUGCAAUAUUUGCAAAGAUCUUUUAACAGAUGCUGUAAUGAUUCCCUGUUGUGGAAAUUCUUUUUGUGACGAGUGCAUUCGCACAUUUUUGUUAGAAUCUGAAGAGCAUGAGUGUCCAGACUGUAACGAAAGAGACGUUUCGCCAGAAACUCUUAUUCCAAAUAGAUUUUUGCGUAACGCGGUGAUGAAUUUCAAAAAUGAAACCGGUUACGCCAAAAGACAAACGUAUCGGCCGCCUGCUGUUCAGAGUGGCGGACAGUCAGCCGCACCGGUGGAUCAGCCAAAAGUUGAAGUAAAUCAGCAAAGUGCAAGUCAAACAUCACCUCAAGUUAAAACUGUACAACCUACGUCUACUGUUCCUUCUAACGCACCCUUACAAGAAUCUGUGGAACCACAACCACCUACGAAUUCCGAAUCUGCCUCAAAUUUUCCAGCCGUCUCUACCGUCUCUACUUCUUCGCAGCCACAGCCAUCAACCACUUCGCCUGAAUCCAGUUCAGAAUCACAAUUGCAAAGUGACUCUGUAACAAAACUAACAACUGAUGAGGAAACUGAGGUGCCUCCUCCUCCAGGAACAGAGCCGCUGCUUCCGAUUCCCGCCAUUGUAAGUUCGCCGGAGAGAGAACCGGAGCAGCAAAACAACAAUCCUCCGAAUCGCGACAAGAAAGAACGGGAAAAUGAGUACGCAGGGGAACGACAAUCAAGGGAACGUCGACGAAGUUUCAGCAGAGAUGGACCUCGAGAAAGAAGUGGGGAGCGUGGUCGUAGAAUUGAGAAUUUACGACCAUUAAAUCGCAAUCGAAAUCGAUCCUUAUCACCUAGACAUUCCCAGCACGGUGAAUAUCCAUCCUCGAGCUCGGUGCUGCCUCAUUUAAUGAACCCACCACCUCCUUCCAAAAGCUAUCAAAGUCAUCUGGCAGAUGAUGGACAUUAUCCGCCUGCUAUGCAUUAUGACAGCGGAAUCUGUAGAUCCAAUGAGGACCGUGCGGGCACUCCAACGAUUGAUGAGCCACAUUUGCAUGUUCCUUCAUCUGGCAAUCAACCGCCAUUGUUACCAUUUCCACCGGGUGAGGAACGAAUUCCACCGCCGAAUUACAAUCAACCGCCGCCAAAUGUGCCACCGCAUAAUCCGCCACUGUUACCGGACCCAUACAUGAGUCAUCGAAUACCGAUAUAUCCGCAUCAGCAGGGAUCUCAUUAUGGGCCACCGAGAUACGAUAGACCCCCUUAUCAGCAGCAAGGAUACAGACCGUCUCAACCACCUCGAAGCUACAAUGGUCCGCCAAGACCAAUGAGAGGAAUGCAUCAUAUGGGAUAUAGAAGUUUACAGCCUCCACCGCCAGGAUUAGGUAGAAGUGUACACAAUGGAAAUCCACCUAGCGGUAUCAUUGAUGAUCCAUUGGAGUUAUUCGAACGAAUGCUUAGAGAGAAAGACGAGAGAGAUCGUCGUUUGGGGAAGCACAGGAGAAGAAGUAGAACGCGAUCUCGUUCGCGCAGCUAUAGUCGAUCUAGAUCGCGUUCAUUCGGACGCAGAUCACCGUUUGCAUCUCGCAAUAGUCGAUCUCGCAGUCCACCCUCUAAACGAAGAUCAUCAAGAUCGCCAUUACCACUCAGACCUCGUAGUCGCACUCCGAAACGAAGGUCGAGAAGCGGCAGCUUUUCCAUUAGCAGAUCUAGAUCGUAUUCUCGCAGUCAGUCCCCCAGACCGUCUCCGUCGAGGGACAGAGAUAGGGAGAGAGAUAAAGAUCGAGAAAGAGACAGAGACAGAGAUCGCGAUCGCGAUAGAGAACGUGACCGCGACAGAGAUCGCGAUUUACCGCCUAGGUAUCGAUCGCCAGUAAGAUCGCCCUUAAGAUUUCAAAGAGAUAGAGAUCGCGACAGAGAUAGACCACGAUCUCGUGAGUCUCGAGAAGGAUAUAACACGUAUUACAGCGAUUCGCCAGCUCACGAUUAUCAAUUUCGUGAUCGCGAGCGCGAUUUACCUCCUAGGGAGAGACCGUUACCGAGAUAUCCUAUAAGGAGCCAGCCGCCCCAGCAUAAUAUAUCACCUAUGAUGCCACAUCUAGUCACUGGAGGUCAUCCACCACCGCCGCUUAUGUCAUUGGGACCUCCGCCUACGGACAGGAAAGAUUAUUAUGAUUCUUACAACAGAUAUUCCGGACCACCUCCGCCUCAACGUUUCGCCAGUCCUCUCAGAGAUCAUCCGCCUCACAAGCGAUUCGAUGAUGUCGCACCGCCUGGCACAGAAGGCUAUUAUGACCUCUCGCCACCGGGUGUAGAAAAUUCGGAGAGACCGCUGAGAGAUGAUCGCGACCGGCAGCGUUCUCUGAGGGAUCAGGAGGAUCGGGAACAUUCAUCUAAGGAUCGUGAUAAUGAGGAACGUGACAGAUUGAGAGACGAUAGGGGUCGCGAUCGCGAGGAUCGUAUGCGUGAGAGAGAUGACAGAGAUCGCAGAAUCAUUAACAGAGAUCGUGAAGAUCGUGACCGACAAGUCCCGCCGAGAGAUCACGAGGAUAGGAUACGAGAGAAAGAUGAGCGUGAUCGAAGAGAGAAAGAGAAGGAACGCGACGACAGACACAUUCGCGAUCGUCGAGACGAUGACAGACACGUUGAGAAGAAGGAUUACGACAAGGACCGUUACAGAGAUGAUCGCGAUCGUCACAGGCAAGACGAUAAAAAUCGGCUGCGAGAAAAGGAGAGACGCGAGCGCGAAUACGAAGCGGAAAAGGACAGAGAUCGCUACGAACGUUACGAGAGGCGUUCGAUAGAGCGGAAGAAGAGCAGAAAGAGCUUGAGUCCGUACUCGCAAAAAUCGGCCAAGGAUCUGUCACCGGAGCGAAACGCGAAGAAGAAGGAGAAAGAUCAUGAGGAGAAGGUCGAGGAGAAGAAGAAAGAAAAGAAAAUCAAAGAGAAAAAGAAGAAGAAGGACAGCGACGAAAAGGAAAAGAAGAAAAAGAAGAAAAAAGACAAAAAGUCGAAUCAAAAAGAAGCGUCUAAGGAAGAUCAUUCAUUCAAAGUUACAGAACUGACGACGGAGGACACGCUGUCCUCCGAGAAUAAGGCGACGGACAUUGCCGUCACGUCUUCGCCGAUGAACAAGAUCGACUCGGUGAAGAUGUGCAACGAAGUCGAUAACAUCGAGAACAGAAUAGAGUGCAUCUCUAACGAAGCGCUCGUCGCACCGGUCAAGGAAGAAUUCGAGGACAAAUCCUUGGCGAUAAAUCCGGAACCGCCGGAGUUUAACGAGCCUAGUCCUGGCAGCGGUCGGCUUGACCGCACGGAAUUCUGCACAAAUCCGCCGAAUCCGAACUUCAAACCGAUCCCGGAACUCAAGUCGGACAUGAAGCCGAUCGAAAGUCUUUACGGCGGACUGGACGACGCGGAGAUCAACACCGUGAUCACGGAGAAGUACUCUCUGUUGUCGGAACAUCCACAAGUCGAGAUGAAAGAGACCACCCCCACCAUGCUGCCGGCGGAUAAAUCGCCAAAGAAGGACGAGUUCUUAGCGCCCAUACCGGAAUUGUCCAAGUGGGAAAGAGACGAGACGAUCGAAAAGACUGAGGAUAACGAGGACGAUGACGCAGACAGGUCGCCAACGGAGAAAAUCCAGAGGGACGACGAGCCGAAGUCAACAAAGAUGGUCACUUCGGAGGUACUUAAGCGAGCGGAGAAUGCUAUAUUCCAGAAGGCUAUCAACGCGAUCCGGCCGAUUGAAAUAAAGAAGAUCAGCGAGAGCAGGAAGAUACUGUAUCAGAAUCCUGAGCCGAAAGUGCUCGAGACAGCAGAGCCCGCAAAUCGGGAAGCGCGCAAAAGUGUCAAUGUGACAAUUAACGUCGGUAGAAAUGAGAGAAAUGUGGAAAUCACCGAGCCCGUGAAGAAAACCAAACUCGAUCGGACCAAAUUUAAACCUGUUCCGGAAACACCUUAUUCGCCGACCAGACUGUCCGCGAAGGAGAGGCUUGGCGAGAAGGUUGAGGACAACAAGGAGAGAAAGAUCAGUCCCAUGAAGGGAUUCUUGGAGAGACGCGAUGGAAAGAGCGAGAGUCAGUCGAGAAGUCGAUCACCCAGACGGGAGAAGAGAAUCUCUCCGAUGUUAGAACGACGCGCCGAGCCCGCGCCGUUGGGUUUGAACACGAGUGGCGAGAGGAAGGUGUUCUUGGAAGAGAGAAAACGCGAUGCGAAAGAUAGAGGCGAUCGGUCGAAAGAGAGAUCGGAAUUCCGGGGCGACAGGCACAGCGGCGAGGUGAGAUCCGAGAGGGAAAGUAAGAUUGAUUGCAGAACGGAUUACCGCUCGAACAGAAACGACAUCAAGGGCGGAGAACACGCGGACAAGGAUCGCGAAAGAGAUCGAGAUCGCGAUCGCAGAGGCAGAACACCUCCGUCCUGCACGUUUAAGAAAACGGAAAUGCCGAAGAUAAACCUGUUGAAGUCGAGAGACGACGAGGAAGAAAAGAGACGGGACAAGAAACCGCGGGAGGAAAAGAAGAGAAAAAAGGAACACCGCAGCAGAAGUAAAUCUAAGGAGCAUAAGAAACGCAAAGAGAAGAAACACAAGAAAGAUAAGGAUAAGAACCAGGAGAAGAAACAAAAGCACAAAGAAAGCGCAACAUCGAAGGACAAGUUGGAUACCAGUGAUGCCAAAAUUGCUUAUGAGAAAAUCGAGUCACCCCUAGCGGACUCGUUGAAGAAACAGAGAAAGAAUCCGAGAUUGAUAUCCGAUCGUAAACGCAGUAUGCUCGACGAAGCGAGCUUCGAGCCCGAUUACUCGGCCUCUGAUUCGGAAUCGGACAACGACGACGGCAAGAUGUUGUUACCCGCGAAGAAACUGAAACUCGACGAAACGGACUUGGAUAAGGAAAUGGAGAUAAAGUCCGCGAAGAAACGAUCUAAGUCAAGUAGCAGCGACGACGAGUCUAGUAGUUCGGACACGACCAGUUCCGAUUCGGACAGUAGCGACGAAUCGCAUAAGAAGAAGAGAAAGAAGCACAAGAAACAUAAGAAGAAGAAAUCUGCCAGGAAAAACAGCAGCUCGGAUUCCGACACUUACUCGGAUUCGUCCGACAGUAGCAGCGACGAGGAGAAACACAAGAAGAAAUCAAAGAAAUCAAAGAGCAGGAGCAAGCAAUCGAAAAAGAAGAAAAAGUCCAAACACAAAUGACAUCACUGAAUACCUUUGAUCAAAGGACUUCAUGAGGAAACCCAGCGAACUUUCUCUCUUUUCAGCUUCUUUUAAUUAUUAAAACAAAACAAAAAAAAAACAAAAAAUUAGUUUGACGAUUGAUCUUAAUUCUCUGUGAACAUUUAAUUGGAAAGUGUAAAGAGGGAGGUGCAAACACAUGAGUCCGUAAGAGACCUCAUGUAUAUACAAAUCAUAAUAUGAUGAAACAAAGGACGCAGUUGAUAUAACCAGUAAAGGAGUAAAAAACUUCUUGUGGAAAAAUAAUAAAUCGAAGAUGCAGAAUAAAACUUGUUUGUGCAAGAUUUGGUUUUCACUUGCCUUUCAAAUUUUUCAGUUAAUUUUUAUACAAGAACCGGUAACAAUUUUUUUUUUUUUUUUAAUCUUUGUGAAUAAAUUCUUCGAUAAUUAUUAUCACGUCACGUCUUUUGGACUGAUUAUUAUUAUUAUUUUUUUUUUCAUGACUACCGUGACUAAAACAGUACUUUGAGUAAGCAAGUCAGUACGCACUUUUAUCAAUAGAUUGUUUCAGAAAAAAAAGUCGUUCAGCACCAAACGAGUUAACAGUUCGAAAAGUAGUGUAAAAGAAAAAGAGACAACAAAAUACCACACACGUACCAUAGUUGGUUAAGAUACUUUAAGUGAAAAACAAAAACAAAAAAAAAAGAGCAUUAUACGGCCUUCUCGUAUAAUUAUCUCAUGUUCUUGACACAUUAAAAUAUUGUAA